GGAGGAGGAGGAGGAGGGGAACAUUAUUAUCAUAAUGAGAACCCGGAGCAUCAGAGCUACCAGCAGGUGCAGAACUCACAGCAUCCUCACUCUCAGCCUCCUCCUUCUCCGUGGUAUGGCUUCACGGUCGGACAAGGCUUCCCGCAAGGAGUGGGAAGGAUGCAGCAUCCCGGUUAUCCACGGCAUCUGGUUCAGACUCAGCGUCCUGCUCAAAUGCAGCAUCCCGGUUACCUGCAGCAUCCCGGUUACCCACGGCAACCAGUUCAGACGCAACAUCCCGAUCAGAUGCAGCAUCCUGGUCAUAUGCAACAUCCGGGUUAUUCCCAGCAUCCCGGUCAGGUGCAGCAUUUGGGUUAUCCACAGCAUCCCGGUUAUCUGCACAGUGGGAUCGCUCCCCAGUCGGAGCAACAGGGUUACUGCCACCAGACGGCGCCAGGCAUGCAGCCGCAGCACGGGGCAGGUCGCGCCACCGUCACACAGCUGCACUACCACCACCAGCAGGCGCAGGAGCUACAGCAGCAUCUACAGCAGCUGCAGCUGCAGCAGCAGCAGCUGCCCGAGCCGACCGACAUGGUGGCGCCCUCUGACCGCAGCGCUUACGCGGGUCAGCCGAAGUCGGCGUAUCAGCCAAACACACAUUCUCACUUUAAGGUCUUGCCAGAGACGGACAUCCGGGACGUUAAAGACUUCGACCCGAUACAUCACGAGCUGACCUCCCCUGACCCCGACCGGGAAGACGACCGGGAGAACGGGGAGGAGGCGGCCGGAGAGAGGAAGCCGCUGGAGCUAGCGAUGCACGACAUUAAGACGGCGAUUAAACGCAGCAAGUCCGCGCAGCUGAGGUCACCUGUGGUAGAGCAAACACAGGAGAAGCCAGUGUGGGUGCUCAGGGACUCCUACGUGCAGAAAGUGCGGAGGGAGGCUGACAGGCGGCGGAGAGAGGAGCUUGAUCAGAAGAAGCCCUGCGUGCGUCUCCAUGGCGACGACGACGCGGAGGCUGAGGAUGCUCCGCGCAGCAGCGUAGGAGGAGGAGGAGGGGAGGAGGAGGAUGACGUUGAGGAGGAGCUAGCGAGGCUGCCGCGUGAGCAGUCGGAUGAAGACUCGGGCACGGACGCAGAGACGGACCAACUGCUGGGGCAGAAGCGCGAGUAUUACGAUGACAGGGCUGAGGCCAGGCCGCCAAGGUCCGAUAAGACGAACAACGGCCAGCAUCCACGCACGAAGGAAGGUGAGGAGGAAUCCUGCACCCGAGGGAGAGAGUCAGCCCAGCACCGAGGUGGACCUCUUUAUAUCUACAGAGAAGAUCAUGGUUCUCAACACAGACCUGCAGGAGAUAAUGAUGGACCACGCGCUGCGCACAAUAUCUUACAUCGCUGACAUAGGGGAGCUGAUCGUCAUCAUGGCGCGACGGCGCGUGAUGACCGACGAGAAAUCCGGCAAGGUCGUCGUAGGUCAACAGGCAAAAAUGAUCUGCCACGUGUUCGAGUCAGAGGAGGCUCAGUUGAUAGCACAGUCGAUCGGACAAGCAUUCCAGGUCGCCUACGUGGAGUUCCUGAAAGCGAACGGCAUAGAAGAUCCGAACAUCCUGCGCGAGAUGGACUACCAGGAGGUUCUCAACUCGCAGGAGAUCCCGGGUGACGAGCUGAACAUGUUCGCUAGCAAAGAACAGCAGAAGGAGAUCAUUGUCCCGAAGCAGCGGGGGGAGAUCCUGGGCGUGGUCAUCGUAGAGUCCGGCUGGGGCUCGAUGCUGCCCACGGUUGUCAUAGCGAACAUGUGUCCGCAGGGCGCGGCCGCGCGCUGUGGUCAGAUCAACAUAGGUGACCAGAUCAUCUCGCUGAAUGGUGUCAGCCUCGUUGGUCUGCCGCUGUCCAGCUGUCAGAAUUAUAUCAAGGGAGGUGUCUUAUCUAGACAAUCAAUAUUCUACAAGCAAACUUUAGAUACUGUGGAGAUGUUGUUCAAUCCAAAUCAUCAUCACGAUACAGACGUAUUAGAAUUUCACAAUACUAUUGAGUACCUUGGCGGUAGAAAAACGGCAAACUUCAUAAGAGGACCUAUGUUUAUUGGUGCAUCAGAUGGGUACAAGGAUCGGAUCGCUACCAAUGCUAAACUGAAUCUUGGUGGCCCCUCAAGAAAGGCAAGAAAAUCAAUUGCCAGUGGGUAUACAACUAAAGGUGGCAUUAUUUCCAGCUAUUUGUCAACAUUCUUAACAUUAGCCAAUGCUGUUGAUUCACAAGUAGUGCCAAUUGUUGACAACCAAGCUGUUAAGGUGUUCCCUACCUCCUAUGCAAUAGACGGUACAGCUUUAAAGGCAGGAUUUGAAGUAGAUGAGAAGACAAAGCUGGUCAUUGGCGGUAAAGACGACUACAACAUUAUGUUUGUAAAGGCGAAUCCUAAUCCUUCGCCAGAAUUUUUGAGGGAUAAUGUGGUGACAGAGGCAAAUGUUGGCUUUCUGACAUCAAUGUGCAAUAACCUCAGUAUGCCGGUUGGAGUCGACUAUUUCAUGAAGGCGGGAAAGACUGGAGCGUUCUUGAGUAAUCUGUUUGUACAGCACAUCAUGACAAUCCAGACUUGUCAGGUCUGUGUGAAACAGAUGAACACAAUAGGAUUACCUGUCCAUUGUGAAAAUGUCUGUCAAUCUUGUUUGGACACCAAAGAAGUAUGUGAAACAUGUGCACUGAGUGGUCAGUCAAGUUAUAAACCACCACUUCGUGCCUGCAAAGUCUGUAUUGACAUGGGGCAGCAGUGUGUGCGAUGUGUUGUAUUUGUUGUUACCACUGACUGUGAAUCUGGCAACAAGGCAGCACUGGAAGACAUCGAAGGAAAAGUUAAUGCAGGAACUAUUAAUCCUAUGUUAUCAGAGCUGUGUGUAUUGCCAGAUUGUGUCCAUGUUGGCAAAUCACUUAAGUGUAGCUUCAGCAACUGGUAUCUUUUGUUGAGUGGUGAGAGGAGCAACCUUUCAAUUCUCCGCACACUGCGAGAUGAUGCAAACCCUGUCGUAAGGAAAACCCUGAGGCGGCUUCUGACACUGGAUGCUGUUCAGAACAAGGAUAGGAUGGCUGUAGAUGUUGUUCUGCAUUUGACAAAGGACACUGUGCUUAACACCCUUCGUUCAAUAGAUCUGGUAGUCCACGACCUGGUUCCAGAACGGUACAGGCUGCAGGAUGACAACAAACCUGGCAUGUAUCCCCACCCCAUUGAUGUUGAAUAUGACCAGCAUGGCAGCAUUCUUUUUCUUGACUACAACCCCAUGAAGAAGACAUCCAAGCUUUUGAAAGGAAGGCUGCAUAAUCCUGUCCAAGUUCAAGUCUUGAAAGAUGACCUAAAAGAUGCAUGGAGUAUCACUUUGGCGGGAGGAAUCUGCUUUAUCUGCCACAAAGAUGAGCGAAUUUCAUUUGUGGAAGUACAUGACAAGGUUGCCAUUAGAUUAUCCAGCCUUGUAUCUAAAGCAUCUGUCUAUGAGCACUUGGUUGCAAUUGGACUGCCACACCAUGGAACCAUGGCCGACAUGAAGAGAAGACUGGGGAUGCACAUUUCAAGGAAAGACACAGAAUAUAAUGAAUCAACUUUGACGCGGCAAAGGCUUUCUACCAAGUUUUACUAG